AUGACAUUUCCAGUUACAAUUUCGCUUCAGAGCGACGCUCUGCAAGUUAAAGUGCACAUCAGUGCCGAUGGAAUCGCCUUCCUCCAGGAAGUUAUCCCUAUUCCGGGCUCUACUCGCCCAUCAGCGUCUAGAUACUUCCCAAACUCAUUCACUCCCCUGUUGGAAGCGCGUCUCGCGGGCGAAGGCACGGCGAAACACAAAUCCUCCAAGUCGCUCAUUGGAACUUACCUGGGAACGCGGUUGAAGUACCAGUCACAUCACACCAGCACGCAGGCUGAUACCAAAGUUCUAGAUGUUGUUCUAGCAGACGAUAUCUCCAAGGUCACCGUGAUAUGCCAUCUCAGAAUAUACCGAUCUAUCCCAGUUCUCUCGUCAACGGCCACUAUUCGAAACGACGGCGACCAGGACAUCGUGGUAACCCAACUCAGCUCCCUUGUGCUUGGGGGAUUGACUACGGGGUCGGAAAAAUGGUGGUCGGAUUAUACCCUGUCGGUACCAAAUAAUUCAUGGUUCAGAGAAGCACAAUGGAUUGAACAUGACCUACCAAGUCUCGGGGUUGACGACUACGGAGUCUACGGUCGUCCCGAAGAGCACGCGGCUAGUAUAGCACAUUAUGCUGUCUCCAAUCGUGGAAGUUUCUCUACAGAAGGGCACUUACCCAUGGGUCUGUUGAAACGGACCGACGGUGCGGAAACGUGGCUAUGGCAGGUGGAAAACAACGGGUCAUGGCGGUGGGAAAUUGGAGACUGGAAAGACAGCGUUUAUGUGGCAGCCGGAGGACCGGUAGAGGCUGACCAUGACUGGAGGGAGAAAUUAUCUCCAGGAAAAGAAUUCACAACUGUACCAGUUGCGAUCUGUCAUGUCUUUGACAAUUACGAGAAGGCAUUCGCUGAGAUGACGCGAUACCGACGACAAAUGAGACGGCAGCAUGAAGACCACAAGCGACUGCCGAUCAUAUUCAACGAUUACAUGAAUUGUCUCAUGGGUGACCCGACAGAUGAGAAGAUCCUAGCACUCGUUGAUCCGGUCGUCGAAGCUGGAGCCGAAUAUUUUGUGAUUGACGCGGGCUGGUAUGCGGACGACUCAGGAUGGUGGGACGACGUCGGGCUGUGGGAGCCUUCAAAGAAAAGAUUCCCCAUGGGAUUCAAGGAGCUUCUAGCCCAGCUCCAAGCACGGGGACUAGCUCCAGGCCUCUGGAUAGAGCCAGAGGUUGUUGGAAUCCGAAGCGUUGUUGCGCAGCAGCUCCCAGAAGACGCGUUUUUCCAACGAGAUGGCCGGCGCAUCGUCGAAAAGGGACGAUACCAACUCGACUACCGUCAUCAAGCUGUACGCGAUCGCAUGCAUGGGAUUAUUCACCGUCUAAUAACGGACUACGGUGUCGGCUACUUCAAGUUCGAUUACAACAUCGAAGUCACCCAGGGCACUGAUAUCAGUUGCUCGAGCGCUGGGUCGGGCCAGCUAGAUCACAAUAGGGCAUACUUGCGCUGGGUUAGCGAAUUACACGACAAAUAUCCCGCACUUGUUAUUGAAAACUGUUCCAGCGGUGCCCAGCGAAUGGACUACGCCAUGUUAGCCGUUCACGCCCUCCAAUCUACCAGUGACCAGCAGGACCCCGAUCGUUAUGCUGCCAUUGCCGCGGCCCUUCCAACGGCUGUGACCCCCGAACAAGGAGCUGUGUGGGCGUAUCCUCAGCCCGAAUGGGACGAUGAAAUCAAUGCAAUGACUGUGACUAACAGUUUACUCGGGCGUAUACAUCUCAGUGGACGACUCGAUAACCUCCAGCCCCAUCAGUUUGAUCUAAUUAAACAAGGAAUGGACGUGUAUCGAAGCAUCUGCUUGGACCUGGCAACUGCAACUGCAUUUUGGCCCCUUGGCCUUCCUCACUGGCACGAUGACUGGAUCGCACUCGGGAUGGCGGCUCAAACAGCGGAAGGAAGAGACACUGGACAUUAUUAUAUCUCCAUCUGGAGACGUGGAGGUGCCGAGUCAAUCGAACUCCCCCUUUUGACGUUCCGUGACCACGCAGUCAAUGCGCAAAUUCUCUAUCCUGCCUCGUUCCCUGUCAAUAUAUCAUGGAAACCUGAAGGGCUGCUCAAAGUCCAUAUCCCUUCGAAGAUGGCUGCUCGACUGCUGAAGGUUACUGUGUCUUGA